GUGCUCAGUCGUGGUAGUGGAUUUCUAAAAAUGAGUAACGACCAAUAUAAGCCAGUUCUAGCGCGGAAAAAUCGUACGGAAUUGUUUACUACAGAAGAGUGUAAAGAGAUAUUGGCCCAUUUAUUAACCGAUAAGAACGAAAAGGGGCACCUACUAAGCUUUGAUAUAGUGCCAGCCACAGAACAUGUGGGUUUUCUGGGUGAAUACUAUCACUUGUACCUUCGGUAUCAGUUGGAGGGUCAAAAGGACGAACAAACAUCUCGAUUGUUUGUCAAGUCGGUGAUCUUCCAAAAUGCUGAUAUGGAAUUCUACAUGGAGAAAAUAGGCCUUAUCAAGAAGGAGAGUAAGCUGUAUGAAGUGCUGAACGAGCUAAAGAAGUUUUCUCCCCAUGUUUGGUGUGCCAAGAGCUAUUUCACUCGCAAGGAUCUGUUUGUGAUGCAAAAUGUGGAGGACAUGGGCUACGUGGCGCUACCUUCGGGAACUCGCUUUCUUAGUGAGAAUCAGAUGGGACCCAUUUUAAAAUCACUGGCUACGUUGCACGCCAGUAGUAUUGCCUACGAAAAACAGAAGGGGAAAACCAUUGGAGUGGAGUUGAGAGAGUGGCUAAAAGAAGUCUCUGUUAGCCCGGAUGUUGAGUGGUAUACUACGGGUUUACGAGCUAUCCUGGCAGUGGCUGCCACCCAUCCGUGUGUGCAAGAUGAUGUCGAGGGCCAAGAGUUUAUAGCAGCCCAGUUGCCGAGACAUCUGGACAGGGUUUACUACAUGGUUAAUCCUUCACCAGUUCAUAGGAACGUCUUUGUGCACCGAGAUGCCUGGGGUGCGAAUGUCUUUUACCACCGUGAGCAGCCACAGGAGAAACGAUCUGUUCUGGUGGACUUUCAACUGUGUCGUUAUUCCCCACCUGCCAUGGACUUCCAUCUGGUCAGCUAUCUAAAUUUGGAACCUUCAAAAAGAAAACAGAUCAUUGGGAGUCUGAUUGAAACCUAUUACAACGCCUUGGUUGAGGAACUUCAAGAAAUGGGUGUUGAUCCCAAUCAGGAACAACUAAGCAAACAGGAAUUCGAGCAAUCCCUGAGGGACUUUGAAUUGUUCGGAGUGACCUACAAUUGCAUAGCGGCAACCAUUCUCCAUUUACCUGAUAAUUAUCUGAAGAAGCUGAAGGCUGAACGUCCGGCGGAUUUCCAUCGCUUUUGCAAUGUGGACCGCACGGAAGACGUUCUCCGUCUGAUGAAAGAUCACCCUGAGUUCGCUGAUUAUAUGUACGAGUGUGUGGGGGAUCUGCUGGCCCUAACAUAUCAUAAACGAAACUGAUUAAAGGAACUUGUAGCUCACUA